GCUUCUUGCAGCCCAAUCGCGACCAUCCCACCUCCCACCCUCUACAUUCUUCCUGUAACUACAAGGCAUGUAAUCAAAACAAGCAUCUUUUGCUUGCCAUUGAUCAACCAUCUUGCAUGGACCUUGCAGCAUCUAUGUCUUUUCUUGGUCCUCGAGUAUUCUUUUGAACAGUAAUUCAUCUUGCGCACUUCAUUUUGUUAAUUGGACUCGUCUUCCUGUCUACGAUCAACCAACUCCCUUGCUCCUGUAGCGAGCCCCUCCUUCAUCCCGGGUCUUCUGUUUAUUAUUCGAUAGUCCUUCAACACCAACUACCAUUGUGAUAUUCUCUAUUAUCAGAAUUAACCAUGGCAAGCUUCCUAUCGAAUAUGUUCCCCUCGCAGGGCCCAAAGGACAUCAAGUCCCCCAUUUCGGAGCGCCCUGGUACGCCGACCAAGAAUAGCUUCAUCACACCCAUCUCAACACCUCAAGGUAGCCCAAGCAAGAAGACCUUACCACCAGGAGCCAACGAGCUCCCCACAGCCUUCGACAAUGCCUUGAAGCUCAAUCCCGUCUCCCUCGAUAGCCCGGUGAAGCUUGGUAGACCCCAGAAUCCGAGUCCUCUGUCCCCCGCCAAGAGUAACAUUCAGCCUGCCGACGAUGGGUAUUUCGCGACAGGGUCUCCCAAUGUCGAUAAUAGCAUCAUCCACAAGGGUGGAGAUCACACUGGAACCCCAUUGAAGAAGCAAGGACAGGAGAAUACACCACCUUCUCGAAUCCCCGUGCGAGAUUCGGUUUAUCAGCAUAAUCAAGCUGCUGUUUCGCGUCAAGAGCUGUAUCUCCGAGAUCCUAGGCCAAUUACCCCUACGACCAAGAAAUUUAACACAUCUCGUGGUCUUACACCUGAGGAGAUGGAGAUUCUUAAAAAGCCCAAUGUCCGACGCUUGGUUAACGUUACUCAGCUGUAUUUCCUAGAUUAUUACUUCGAUCUACUCACCUAUGUCGGCGCUAGGCAAACCCGAUUAAACGCCUUCAAGGCGGAAGUACCAGCACCGCCCGAAACGGACCAAGAAGAGUACGAUAAAAUGUGGCAGAAAUACACAGGAAGGGAACGUGCUGCCCUCCGUAAACGUCGCAUCCGUCUUCGACACGGCGAUUUCCAAAUUCUUACCCAGGUUGGUCAAGGAGGCUAUGGCCAAGUUUUUCUGGCUCAGAAGAAGGAUACCAAGGAAGUGUGCGCUCUGAAGGUCAUGAACAAGAAGUUACUCUUCAAGUUAGAUGAAGUCCGUCAUGUCCUCACAGAGAGGGAUAUUCUUACUACCGCCAACAGCGAGUGGCUUGUGCGCCUCCUAUACUCUUUCCAGGAUGACAAGAAUAUCUAUCUUGCCAUGGAGUAUGUACCUGGUGGCGACUUCAGAACGCUCCUGAACAACACGGGUGUCCUGUCCAACCGACAUGCCCGCUUCUACAUCGCUGAAAUGUUCUGUUCUGUGGAUGCGCUACACAAGUUGGGUUACAUUCAUCGAGACUUGAAGCCAGAAAAUUUCCUUAUCGAUUCUACGGGACACGUUAAACUGACUGACUUUGGCCUGGCGGCCGGUAACGUCGCGUCAUCAAAGAUCAAUUCGAUGCGUAUUAGGUUAGAGAAGGCUUCCGAAACUGAUGUGCCAUUCGGUAAAGCUAUGGACCAGCGAACCGUGGCAGAGCGUCGCGAGGGCUACCAAACCAUGCGUGAGAGGGACAUGAAUUACGCGAAAUCCAUAGUAGGUUCUCCGGAUUACAUGGCACCCGAAGUACUCCGAGGUGAAGAGUACGACUAUACGGUCGACUAUUGGAGUUUAGGAUGUAUGCUGUUUGAAGCACUCACCGGCUUUCCUCCCUUUGCGGGUUCCACGGCCGAAGAAACAUGGCACAACCUUAAGCACUGGAAGGAGGUGCUUAAGAGGCCAGUGUGGGAGGACCCCAACUAUUUCUUAAGUAAUCGUACUUGGAACUUCAUCACUACAUGUAUCAAUUCAAGAUCCAAGAGAUUCUCCAACAUUAAGGAUAUUCUAGAACACCAGUACUUCUCAGAAGUAGAGUGGGACACCUUAAGGCAGUCCAAGGCUCCGUUUGUUCCCGAGCUGGACUCGGAAACCGAUGCAGGGUACUUCGACGACUUCACUAACGAGGCUGACAUGGCCAAGUACAAGGAAGUCCAUGAUAAACAACAGGCCCUUGAGAGUAUGGCCGAUCGAGACGAACAGAUGGGCAAGGGCCUAUUCGUCGGAUUUACCUUUCGCCACCGGAAACCUACCACAGAAGAUGGUAGCCCGAGGAAGCGGAUCCAGACUGACGACACAUUUGGUACGAUGCUUUAGAGUAGGCGUCCUCAGUCUAGAUUCAGAAGGCGACAAUUUGCCUCGUUUGCAUAUGAUGAUUUUAUGGUUCACCGCGAUGCGAUUCGUCAGGAACGAGUGGCUUUUAAGCAGGACACUUGAGGGGUUACGGCAAGAUGGUAUGAUUUGCGACACCCUUACUUUUUUUCGGUCGAGAAAGGCUCCACGGAGAGCUAGCCAUUGGUACCAGGUGGGCGUUUUGAGGUCUCGUGCAUAUUGAGUUAGGAGUUCUACAGAAGGAGGUUUUAAUGAGAGGCAUACGCGUCUAGUCUCAAUAUGUCCACUUUGGAGGCAACUAUAGGGCUCUGCGUUUGAGGAAGACGGGAAUAGUACCAGUCGUGUACAACAGUGUCAUAAUAGACUGCUUUUGAUUCAGCCUCGGAAAAGAUAUAUUAUUUUGCUACCAGCAC